GUCGCUAGCCUGUCGUACUGCUGAUUGCCUAACGUACAGUACUGAAGACGACCACAUAAGACGUUCGCUUGUGUUGGUUCUCACAGUCGAAGUGGAUAGAUACGCUGCUCGUGGAUCAUCUGAAUCGGUCACCGAAGUAGUGAAGCAGAAAGCCAACAAACAUCGCUAGAACCAGGAUUUUUCGCCGAAACAAAACUACCAAUGAACAAGCUGCAGGGUGCCGCUACACAGCAGAUGGAGGUCUCCACUCUGAAAAUGGAAACUGUUACACCUGUCUCAGCAUCCAGUGAACUGAAAGGUGGCUUCGGACGCGACACAGACAAGUUGGAUGCUAUUUCACAAAGUCCUCUGGUCGAAAAGAAUGGUAAUUCUUCCGCAUCUUCUGCACAACUUAAAGAAAAUACUGAUCAAAGUUUAUCAGCUGUCAAGAAAUACCCUGCUUCUGUCAGGCCCCGGUACGUGACGCCACAAGUAAGCAUUUCGGAACGAGAUUUAACAAAUGACCAGAGGCACGAAAAAUUUUCGGAUAUCGUAACUAAACUAGAUGCAAUUCAUAAGGGCUUGAAAGGAAUGAGGAUUGCCAUUGAACAAAUAUUUCCCGAUUACAUUGCCGAAUUAUUACACGAAGAAACCACUCUUCGUGAAGAUAAUGUUGAAGCCUCUGGCACGCCAGACAAAGCAGACGAAGGUACAGGCACUGACAAAGAAAUAUUUGUUAGAAUUGAAACUCUGAAAGAGACAUUCAACAAGAUAAUUUCCAAUUAUGGGAAACACGAUACUCAUAAAUCAGAAAUAGAGGCUCUAAUGAAAGAUCCCAAAAAUGUUGUAUUUCUGAAGAAAAAUUCCCAGGUAGUAGAAGACUUGAAGGCAGAAGACGACGACGCCGACAGCACUUCGCCAUCGUCAGGCACCGCUGAAGAAUUCGCGCCGGAGUAAUUUGAAGUGUCUUCAAGAACACGUCUGAAAGAUUAUAAGCCCAGAACAACCACUUAGUUGAAAUGUCUGUCAACAAACCACGUCCAAGCCAGCAGAAAGUUCAAAAACAGAUUCCCACAAACAACCAAAAACUUCUCAACGGGACACUUCGCUCUUUUGAUUUGUGGGGUAAUCGGUUUUCAGUGAAAACGCUUUUCAAAAUAAUAAUAAUAAUCCAGAAAGGUUUGCUUGUUUAUUAAUAAAAAAUUGAAGAGACCCCCCCAUACGAGGAAGACCCCUCCCGUGACGUAAGUUUUCACUGAAAACCGAAACUUCAGAAAAAUAGCCAAGCUCUGGCAACUACAAGUAUACCGAAUUGGGUGCAAAGUUAAAAGUAACCAAAAAUCUUAUUUGUCUCGGCAGUGCCCCUGAUCUCGAUGUGCUUUGACGUGCGUUUCAUAAUACAACUUUUUGUUAGGCAGAAAUAAGGAAAAUGUGAUCGUAAGCUUAAACUAUUUUAUGAAGAUAUAAAAUGAUGUAUAUUUGCAGUACGUGCAAUAGUGUAACUGUGUGUAUAUUGUGUAACCUGGAAUUUCAUGUUUAAUAAGAAAUAAAUGCAAAAUGAA